CAGCCCUGAUUCAAAUGUUAUGUACAUAAACAAUACACGAACCACAAAUUCAUCUUUCUUUUCCCCUCUGGCGCGCACUUUCGACACCUCGCUUGCGGCUCAACUAAACCACGAAGGCUUAGCGUACCAACUUGGAAGGGAGCCGGAGCUUCCGUUCAAAGAUAAAAGGGCCCACCGGUCCCUGAAAAUCUCUCGCGGAAUUUCAAAAUAUUUUUCGCGUUUGCUGCCUCCAGCUCCUCAUCACCUUUCCCGGCCAACUCAUCAAGAUGGGCGCUCUGUCGACCAUCUACCGCCUCGUCGCCCUCCCCCUUUUGACGACUUGGACGCUAACCGCCCUCUCCUUCGCCGCUCUCGACGUCGUAAACACGCAGCGGAGCCUCAUCGAGCCGAUCGCGUCGAUCAGUCUGCUCACGUAUCUCGUCUGCCGCCUCCUCAUCGUCUCCCAACCAACCCCCCAGAAUGAAAACGAAAGUAGCAUCGCCCACAUCCUCACAACCGCUCACCGCAAAUCCCCCCUAAACGGCCUGAUUUCCCUCCUCUUCGCAAUCUCUUGGCUCUACGAGCUCCUCUUCAAAGCCGUGUGGCUCUUCUUCGUUACGGUUUUCGGAGGUGUCUUCGCGACGGCGCUGUAUACGGACGCGUUUGUUGAGACCAAUGACGGAUCGACCGAGUCGGAAUCCAUGUACGAUGACCACACCGAAGCAGAAACAACGGCGCUUGCUGAAUUCGAUGAAAUAAGGGCCAAGACUGGCGUUGACCCUGGUGCCAUCAUCAAGAUGAUUCCGCCGAAACUGUUGAUUUAUGUUGUUGCGCUUUUGUGGUUGAAUCUUGCGACGCUGGGGGUGUAUAUUCUGCGGCAUGCGUGGAGGUCGUUGAGGGUGGUUUUGGGGGCGCGUAGGGUGGAGGUUGUACAGGAUAUCAAGAGGGCGGCGGCGGCGGCGGGUGAGACGGCGUAGGUGGAGGUGGAGGUGGAGGUCGUUGGCAAGUCUAUUUGAAUGAUAUCAUGACAGUGCAUAGAUGAACAUCAAACAUACCCCUGCCUGGUGAUGAUAUUAGAGCCAGGAUCCUCAGUCUGGAUAUUCGUAUUGACCAGGCAAUUCAAUGGCAUCUCCACCAGCCAUCCUCACUAAUUCCUUCUUAGCCUCCCUCGCGCCAUCGUCCCCACUACAAAAAAAUUACUUAUAUACAUACCCCCACUACGCCAUGUGUAGCCCGUCAGGACUAGUAGACCACUUCCAGAAGGCGACUGUACUCUAGCC